GUGGAACCGGUAUUAGUUUCAAUCGGGAAACUGUCUCCGCAACAUCAAGCUCGGAUAACGCCACGCCGCGUAGCAACGUUUUUUGCACGAGUUUUUUUCACGUAUAUUUGUUCAUUGACAAAAACUCAAGCUGCGUUCAGUACGAGCUCCUCCUCCCCCUCCUCAGUAAUCCUCCACUGUGUGCUUGGUGUUGUGUUGUGUGGGGCGCGCUUGUGUAGCCGUGUGAGUGUGAGCGCUGGGCUGGCUUUGUGUGCAGAAUAAUUUUUGCAAACAUUAUGUAAAUGCGCAAAUUAAAGUUCAAUCGACACUCAGCUCAGCAAUCCGGUCGAGAGGCCAUUUCAAAUUCGAAUCCAGAUAACCUGGCGUUACAUGCUGGAAAGUUACAGUUAACAACAAAUAAACACAACACAGCCCAGAGACAACAGUUACACCCUGCGAAGGAACAGUACGAGAUCAAGUAAAAAACCGUUAGUGCACAAAACAAAUAUGGCCGCAAUGGCCGCCACCAGCGUCGUCGUUUUGGAUCGUGGCAAUAAUACGACCUGCACCAUCAACUUGCAUGGUGCCACAGUUGUCUCCUGGCGAGUGAACAACCAGGAGCAGUUGUUCGUUAGCAAGCUGGCCUCAUUCGAUGGCAAGAAGGCGAUACGUGGCGGGAUUCCCUUUGUCUUUCCUCAGUUUGGCCCUUGGUCCUUUGGGCCACAGCAUGGAUUCGCCAGAAUCACGCGUUGGCAUCUGGAGCGGGCGCCGGAUAGGCUGCACAACGGCGACGUCGAGGCCAUAUUCUCGUUGAUGGACAACGAGUUCACGCGCUCCAUCUGGAACUACCAGUUUCGCAUCACCUACCGCCUCAUUCUGCGCGAGAAGGAACUCCACUUCCACAUUGGCGUCUACAACCCGAGCAAAGAGCUGAGCUUCUCCUUCAACAUGCUGCUGCACACCUAUUUGAAGGUUCCAGAUGUGCGCCGCUGCCAGAUCACGGGCCUGCACGGCUGCCACUUCAUCGACAAGACGCGGGAGAACGCCCUGUACCAGGAGGGGCGCGAGGUGGUAACCGUCAACGAGUGGACCGAUCGAAUCUACCAGCACACACCGCAGGAGCACGUCAUCACCAACGUGGUCUCCGGCCGGAAGAUGAGACUGCACAAGUACAAUUUCCCCGACACAGUCAUUUGGAAUCCCUGGAUCGAUCGAUCGCGCGAGAUGAGCGACUUUGGCGAUGACGAGUUCCCCAACAUGCUCUGCGUGGAGGCGGGCAAUGUGACCUCUCCCGUCAUCCUGCUUCCGGGCACAGCGUUCGAGGCCAGCCAGAUCCUUCAGAUCAUCAUCGAGGGGAAUGUCAGUCGCAAAACCAAAAGGAAUCGCUAGCGUUUGAAGAAUCGGAACCCCCUGAGGUAAACCGAUUCGCAACAAACUUAAAGCGCACUUUUUCACGGAGAUCCUCCCCUCCCCAAAGGUGGAGGACAGGCAAGGAUAGAAGCAGGAUGCAGAGGCAACGGGAGAGAUAGAACACAGUUUGGUUGUUCCCGCAUGGAAUUUAGAAUCUAACCUAGUACAUCUUAAGUAAUCGUAAAUCCUUCUCUAGUAAUAGCAAUAGCAAUGUUUUGUGCAAAGAAAUCAAAGUGAAAGUACUUCCUAACCUACUCGUGGUGUUCCAUCCUUAUUUCGUGCCUACUUGGAACCGACUUCACAUUUAUCGUAAAUGGGAAGUUUCAGCAUUCCCAGCCCUAAAAUAUAUGUGCAUUCCUUUGGCUAUGCCGGGCCUUCGGAUCUGGAAGUGACGGCGCCCUAUAUGUGUUUAGCCUGAGAUUUUUCGCGUCUUAGAAAUGCAAUGCUUUAGGGAAUUAUACACACUCGUAUAGAUGAUGGACCAUAAUUUAUGUGAGUCCUUCUAGUCUUUCACAAGUGUAUGGUGGUACGGAUAGUUCGGUUUCAUUAAAGUCGGAAGAAAGAACAGAAGAAAAGGCAUGGUCUUCCCCAAUUGUAUUCUGAUAUGGCUUGACGCUCUCCAAAAGACCCACUAAAUGGGCACUUGCAUUAACUAAAGUUAAACUAAUGUGUUGGCUUCCAAUUGAUAAACUUGUAUACGGUUGAAUAUAGAAAACGUACUUAUAUUUUUUAAGUUUAAUCAAUGUAAAAUACUAAUAGCAAUUAUCUAUGCCAAUUUAUAAAAUAAACCAUCUAUAAAUAU